AAUUUACAUACCUUAUUAUGCCCUGCAGAAAUCUUAAUUGGUAAAUCUGCAUUAACAAAAUAUCAUUAGACCAUCAGCAAAAUUAUCAUAACAGUAGAAACCUUAACAACUCCUUCACACCUAUCAAGAAGAAAAUCAACCCCCAGAACCCCCAUCAGAACAAACAUGGCCAACCACCCUGGAGGAAGAAGGAAGAUAGUCAAAAUCAAACCCUUGGACAAGAACCUUUGUUUUGAUGGCUCCAACAUGCCCAUAGAAGAAUUCAUCAGCAAAUAUGAAGCAGCUGCAGAAACUGUUGGAGCAAGCUCUCAAGAUUUGGCCAACCAGAUAUUGCCCUUUAUCAGAGGACCAGACCUGCAAGAUGAAGUGGAGGAGAUGUAUGGAUAUGAAAACAGCAAUUGGAAAAACUUGAAGGAAGAAUUAAUGGGAAGAUUUUCAAUAAAACUUACCCUGGAAGAAUGUGCUAGAGAGGAAUUGGUAGAUUUGCCCAAAUUUGGAAAAAGCCAUAUCUGA